UAUUUCGGUUAUAAUCUCUCCAGAAAAAAAAAGGCGAAAUAACUCCGACUAGACGGUGAAUUCAACAGACUUCAGCGCUGAGACAUUGUUCAAGUUCUUCCUCGUCCAACUGGUGGCCGGGCUCUGGAAUGACGGGGCGUGCCGAGCAUUUGAAUUAGCUCACCGUUAGUUUGAAGAAAGAGUGAGUCUGGGUAGAGAGAGAGAGAGAGAGAGGAGCCAUUUUGUCCCGACUGUGUGGGAGAAAAGAAAGAGUGGAAAAGAGGAAUCACACGGUUAGGAGAUCCUAUUUUUUGCUGUCUGUUAUUUUGCUGUAAGGAGGGGGGGGAAACAGUCGGGCUCGGGGAAUCUAACUUAUCGGACACGUCCACGUUAUCCUGGAGGUAUUUAGCCAACUAGCUUGCCGAGCUAACCACCACAUCCCAGAUUGUUAACUGUUUCGAGGAGCGGCGCAGCUGGCGUUACACUCGACACGGGCGUGCUAGGUGUUUUCCGGGGUCGUGUUUCUUCUGUAACUUGUCUGGCUCAACACGAGCUGUUCUACAAUGGCGAAGAAGACGUACGACCUGCUGUUCAAGCUGCUUCUGAUCGGAGACUCGGGCGUGGGGAAGACCUGUGUGCUGUUCCGCUUCUCUGACGACGCCUUCAACACAACCUUCAUCUCCACUAUAGGAAUAGACUUCAAGAUCAAAACUGUUGAAUUACAAGGAAAGAAGAUCAAACUACAGAUCUGGGACACAGCAGGCCAGGAGCGGUUCCACACCAUCACCACCUCCUACUACAGAGGCGCCAUGGGCAUCAUGCUGGUCUACGACAUCACCAAUACCAAGAGCUUCGAAAACAUCAGCAAAUGGCUGCGCAACAUUGACGAGCAUGCGAAUGAGGAUGUCGAGAGGAUGCUGCUAGGCAACAAGUGUGACAUGGAGGACAAGCGGGUCGUACCCAAAGCCAAGGGGGAGCAGAUUGCGAGGGAGCACGGCAUUAGGUUUUUCGAGACGAGCGCUAAGGCCAACAUCAACAUCGAGAAGGGUUUCCUGAUGUUGGCAGAAGACAUCCUCAGAAAGACACCUGUAAAAGAGCCCAACAGUGAAAACGUCGACAUCAGCAGCGGAGGAGGAGUCACAGGCUGGAAGAGCAAGUGCUGCAGUUGAACAACUCCUCAGUUUCACUCGUACUAACGAGCACACACACACACACACACACACGCACGCACACACACACACACACACACACACACACGAUCAUCUUCUCUCUCUCUCUCUCUCUAACUGCUAACUAACUCUCGCUCUCGAAUAUGUCUCAUGAGUUUUCUUGCACACUUGACACUGUCUCUUUAUCAGAGUAAAACAAUAAACUACGUCACUUGUCUAAUCCCCUCCUCCACCAUAUUCUUCCACUUUACAUCUGUUGGUCAUUUUAUUUCUCAUAAAAGAAAUCCAUUCACAAUUCUCGUCCUUUUAUUUUAAGUUGUAAAAAAAAAAAAAAAGUGUGAAAAGACAAGGUCAUAUUUUUCCCUUUGCCUGAGCUAACCUGGUUGGUCACCCUCACCCACCCCUUAACCACACCCCCACUCACAGCACUCACCUUCAGUCAGGAAAUCGUAAGAAAAGAAGAAAAAAAAGACAAUUGUAGGAUUAACAUUUUGUACACUUAGUGGGGUUUCUGUUGUCUAACAGUAUUUGGUCAUUUACAAUUUGUUACCAAGUGACAGGUGUGGCUAGUUCCUUUUGUAUGUGGGGGUUUAAUUUGUCCUGUGCCUUAUAUGGAAGACAGGGGCGGGGCUGUGUGGUGGGCGGAGCCACAUCCACCCAAUGAAAUUACUGUUUUAAUAUUCUGUCAGUUUUGGUUCUUGUCGCGAGGAUGCCAAAACUGAAGCAGGCGGUUUGAAUUUCACCUCCAGCCACGAGAACGGCAUUAUACAGUUUGUCCUGUUUAUUGAUGUUUUAUUUGUAUCUGUAUGAAUUUAUUUUACUUUUAUUUCUUUUUUUCCCUAUUUGGGUUUAUUUUAUUUUGUUUUUUUCCUGCAUGCAGAUUUCUUUAGGUUGGAAGCGUUCUGUAACAUUGCGUAACGUUCUCCUCGGGGUAACUGGGCGGGAGUACAGAAGUUCAAACAGUUUUGCACAUCCAUUAAAAAACAAGCUUGUUUAAGUUAA